GAAGCAGAAAUGGACAGCAGAGGGAGGUUUAUAGAAAAGCCGUCCGUUUCCUGAGAAGCGCUGGAAGUGUGUUUAUUUACUCGCCAGCUGAUGUUCAGGUCUGUGCUGUGUUCUUGUCUUUCCUGUAUGCCUGCAAAAGGCGCUUUGUAAAACUAAUAUUUGAGGAUAAUUUCUUCAAAAGUGUAGACUGUUGUUUCAGGAUGACACAGUGGGAGCGAUUGCAGCAGCUGGAUACAGUGUAUUCGCAGAGGGCUUUUGAUCUGUACAAUGGAGAUGAAUUCCCAAUGGAAGUGAGACAUUUCUUGGCAUCCUGGAUCGAGACCCAAGACUGGGAGCGUGCUUCUCGGGACUCUUCCCAAGCUGCGUUCCUGUUUCAGGUGCUUUUGGAGAAUCUGGACAACCAGUUCAGUCGUUUUGCGCAAGAGAAAGAUAGUUUCCUACUGCAGCGUAAUUUCAGACGCUACAAACAAAACUUUCAGAAGUACCAAGAGGAGCCUUAUACUCUUGCUGCUAUUAUCAACUGGUUCCUGGUGAAGGAGAAAGAGAUCUUGAAUGAUGCAGAGCUUGCACAGCAAGUGCAGAUGUUGCAGGUUCAGCCGCCUACAAUGGAGUUGGAGAGCCAGAGACAAAUGGAAAAAAAAAUAAAAGAACUCAAGAUCAAAGUAGAGGUGAUGGAGCACAGCAUAAGGUCUUUGGAGGAGCAGCAGGAUGAGUUUGAUUUUAAAUUCCAAACACACAAAAUGGACUCUUGCACAAAGGAAGAGAAGAACAAGCAAAUAGAAGGGCUUCAGAAGAUGCUCAAUACACUCGAUAAGUGCAGAAAGAACUUCCUGUCUGAUAUCACGGCUAUGUUGGAUGCUGCUGAUUGUCUAAGCUCAGUGCUCAUAGAUGAGGAACUGGUGGACUGGAAGCGGAGACAACAGAAGUCCUGCAUUGGGGCUCCUGAUGAUACAAGUCUGGAACAAUUAGAGAAAUGGUUCACUCAGAUUGUAGAGUGCAUGUUCCAGCUGCAGAAGUUCUUACAGAAGCUUGAUGAGCUGCUUGGGAAGAUGAGCUACGCAAAUGACCCCAUCCCAGUCCUUAAACCCCCUUUAAAGAUUAGAGUUGACACUCUGCUGACUAACCUGAUUAAGAGCUCAUUUGUUGUAGAGACUCAGCCAUCCAUGCCGCAAGGACGAGGCCCCCUGGUGCUGCGCACAAGUGUCCAGUUCUCAGUCAAAGUCAGGUUCCUGUAUAAAGUUCCUGAACUCAACCAUGUUAUGAAGGUGUCUGUUUCUAUUGACAACACUAUCUCACAAAUGAAAGGGUUUCGGAGGUUUAAUGUGCUGGGCACUUCGAGUAAAGCCCUUAACAUGGCUGAGAGUACGAACGGGGGCAUGGUUGCUGAUUUCAGACAUUUGACUUUGAAAGAUCAGAAAGUUGGUGGUGGAGGAAAAGGAAUCAAUGAUCUAUCUCUGAGUGUGACUGAAGAACUACACAAUAUAAACUUUCAGACGCAGUUUGACUAUCAAGGCCUGUCUGUCUCUUUGGAGACCUCUUCUCUUCCUGUUGUGGUGAUUUCAAACUCCAGUCAGCAGCAGAGCGCCUGGGCGUCUGUUCUAUGGUUCAACAUGCUCUGUUCAGAUCCCAAGAACAUCAAGUUUUUUGAAGGCUCUCCUCCGGCCUCCUGGGCACAGUUUGGAGAAAUGCUGAGUUGGCAGUUUCUCUCCUCUGGGAAGCGUGGUCUAGACAAUGACCAGUUGGAAACUCUCGCCAUCAAGCUCUUUGGUAAACAACAGAGCUAUGACAACUGUACGAUACCCUGGGCCAAGUUCAGUAAGGAGAACCUCCCUGAUACAAACUUCACCCUGUGGGUGUGGCUGGAUGGAAUUCUAAACCUGGUUAAAGGCUACUUGUCAGACCUGUGGAGUGAUGGCUCUAUAAUGGGCUUUGUCAGCAAGGGGAAGGAGAGAGUUUUACUGAAGAAGAAGCAGAACGGCACUUUCCUGUUGCGUUUUAGCGAAAGUAUCAAAGAUGGUGGAAUCACGUUCAGCUGGGUGCAGUACUCUAACGAUGGCAAUCCGAGUGUGCAAACAGUGAAGCCAUUUAUCAGUACUGACCUGAAGCAGAUUGCUUUACCUGAGAUCAUCUGCAACUUUCGGAUCAUGGUAGCAGAAAACGUUCCAGUUAACCCACUGUGUUACCUUUACCCAAACACCCCUAAAGACCAGGCCUUUGGCAAAUACUACAGUGAAAAGACUGGAGAGGAGAAUCCUUACCUGAAGUACCUGAAAACCAAACUGGUUUUUGUCUCUAAAGAUAGGAACGGAUGUACAAGCGUCGGAGAGGGGCCAGUGUCUGACCUGUCCCCACAGGACAGAGAUCCUCCUUCUUUUUCUGAGGCGGGUGAUGAUGACGACAUCUUGCUCCAAUGGCCUGAGAAGUCUCCAAUGCUCUCCAGCUCUACCAUUGAUCCAUUUUUGCUUAACAGCAUUUUGGACAUUGAUGGCGAGAGUACUUCUCAAGAUUCAUUUUCUCAACCUGCUCCUCACAUUUCUUCAUCAUUCUUCCAACAAACCAUUCUAGAGAGUGGCAUGGAUAUCCUUAAAGAAGCACUCUCUCCAGACACUGAUGUUCAUCACACAUUGCAAGAGUUUCUAAACUCUCAAAACGUCCUAAAUAGUAUGGAGCAUUCUACACCAGAGGACAUCAUCCAUUGUUUUCAAGACCUUGGCUAUCCUAACAUGCCACUGACCCCCUGAAUUUGAUUCAUGACCCGUGAGGUUAGCCAAAACGUAGGUCUGUCAAGCCAUAUAAUGUUUUCCGUAGUUCUGAUUUAUGUUGUAAAUAAGUACCAAGUAGAGAUGCAAAAUACUAAGCUUAUUACUUCACUUUCUUUACUGAUUUCAUUAUUACGUCAUCCAGUUAAUGUGUAAAUCUGUAUGUCUGCUCCUCCAUUUAUCUGUUACUUGCGUGUCUAUUCUCAGAGUAAAGCCUUUGACUAGGCAUAGAUGCCCAUCCAAGUCCAAAACAACUUUGGAAUGAGGUCAUGUGAUCUGACCCUAACAUUCAUUAGCUGCUACUAAAUAUUUGUCCCUAUAAAAAUAAGCUGGGAAAAUUGUUUUAUUGAUAAUAAUUCAAAUAAUAUCAGAGCAUAUUUGUCUUUGGCGAAUAGUACAUUUGCUUAGAGAUUACAGAGUUUAAUUUUUAUGUAAAUUUUUUUUAUAUAUAUAUGUAUUUCAUAUUUGAUUCAAGUAUUGAUCAUGCUUUUAUGACCCAAGUAAAUGAUCACCUUUUAUGCAGGUUGGAAUGACAGUUUGUAUUCUUCUAUUCUAAUUAACUGGGCCUUACUGGAGAGAGAUAAUUUGAUAGUGAAAGCGAUAUACUUUAUUAAUGUGUCAAACACCUUUAGUAAUGUGAAUCAGGCAGUAUGAGCUAAUGUUUUAAAAAGCAUCUCAUGAACAGUAAAGCCAUAUCUGUGGUCGGAUUUCUCAGUGCGGACAAAGCAGUGAAAGUUUGAAAAAGUGUAGAACGCAUGAAAAAUGUCUUUGCAUUUUAAAAAAGAGCACUUUAAAAGAGAUACAGUGCUUGGAUUAAAUGUUAUCAUUUACAUUUAAAGGCACCAACGUUGACUACUAUGAUUGUAGUCUUUUAAUAGUAAAACAAGUUUAUUCUAUGCUGCAUUAAAAGUAAUGCUUGCUUUGCACUAAAUUCUACCUUUAAAAUAUUUCUUUGUGUAAAAACAUUUCAUGUAAAUGAUGAAUGUCUAAUCGCUGUUUUUGAUGAACAGGAUAUUGCUCUAGGAUUUAAGGCACUUUUUUGUUGUCUUUUAUGAUCCUUUUCCACUUUGUAUAACCACUAUUGAGACUAGAAAAGUACCCGAAUGCUUGGCUUUUGAUUCAAGUGACAAAAGUUAAUCAUUUAAGA